AUGGCUGGCGUGCAAGCCCUCCUCGCUCGCCGUCCCGCCUUUCUGCUCGGCGCGCCACCGCCUGACUCCGCCGCCCGCGGGCUUCUCUCCGGCGCAGGCCGCGCCAUCCCGCGCCCGCACGGUCCUUUCUCGGAUAGGCGGGGGUUUAGGCGGGCUUACGUCGGCAUUAGCAGCAAAGGAGAGAAUCGAGUAUUUUGCGCGUAUAGCGGCGAUGGUGGGGGGACGAGUAGAGCAGCGGACGGAUCGAUAGAGCCAGACAUUGAGAGGGACUGGGUGCGGCAAAGCGCGAGUGGCGUUUCACCAUCACGCUCACAGGCGCAGGAGCAGUGCGAGUCGCCCGCUCCCCAUGGCGCGCCAUCUCCGCCUGCUGCUUCCCACAACGUCCUUGUCCCGCGGGCCCUUGCCUCCCCCCCCGCAUCCGCGGCUCUCGCUCUCCUCCUCGCCCUCGCGCCCUUCGCGACUCGCCCGCCGGCCCUCGCGCUAGCACCCCCCGCGGGGACUGCGGCGACUGUGGCGGAGACGAGUAGCGGGAGGCGCGAGGCACGAAUCAAGGCUGCGGGGCGGCGGAAGGAAAAGCGCGCGGAGGGUGGAACAUCCUCAGCGCGGGGGAGCAAGAGUGCUGUGGGGGGGUGGGAAGCAGCAGGAGGCGGACAAGCGGGGGACGUGGGGACGUUGGGGGAGGCAGACGCGGGGAGCCGGCGGGCGGAGGAGAGGCUCGAGGCAUUCCAGAGGACAGCGGCGGCUGCGGUGACGGCGGAGGAGGUGGGCGCGGUUGAGCGCGCGUACCAGGCGGAGUGGGCGCGGAGCAUGCGGGAGAGCGAGGCGCGGCAGGCGCGGCUGCUGGACGAGCUGGUGGGCGCGCGCAUGGCGCUGGCGGAGAGAGAAGAAGCGCUGGAGCGCGCGCGGGAGAGAGUCGCGGAAGGGGAAGCGGCGGAGAGCAAGGGGCGGGAGGAGGAAGGCGGGGAAGAGGCAGGGAAGAGCGAAGAAGGGGCGGCAGGUAAGGGGAGUCGGGCAGGGGGCAAGGCGAAGGGGAGGAAGGGGAAGGGUGCGGCAGGGGCAGGGGGAGACGAGGCGGCGGGCAGUGUGCGCACGUGCAGGCGGGCCGUGGAGGCGGCGCAGCGGCGCGCUGACGAGGCGGCGGCAGCAGUGGUGGCAGUGGGACAGCAGGCGGAGGGGCGGCUGGCGCGCAUGUGGGAGGCACUGGGGGAGGCGAAGAGGAGGGUGCAUGGGGAGGUGGCAGGGGGCGCGAGCGCGGACGGGGAGGUCCGCGAGGGGGAAGCGGGGAGGGGAGUGGCGGCGAUGGGGGGUGCGAUGGCGGUGGCGGGCAGGGACGUGCGCGAGUGCCUUGACCACCCCGGCCGGGUGCCUGCCGUGCUGCUCCGGUCGCUCAGACGCGCCGUGGGGGGUGGAGACCCCGCCGCCCCCACUGCCGCUGCUGCUGGUGGUGAUGCAGGGCAGGGGGCGGAGCAGGCAGGGCCAGAAGGGGCAGGGGGCGUGAAGGCACUGAGUGCAGCGGAGGAGGCAGCAGCGGACGCUCAGGUGCUGGCGUGGCACAAGUGGGCGGCGGAACAACGGGCGGCGGCAAAGAAGCAGAUUGUGAGCAGCCGAGGCAAGGCCAAGGCGUUUGCAGCUGAGAAGCAGGCGGAGGUGCUGGCAGCGCGCGACCGGGUGAUGGGGGAGGCUACGCUCAACAUGGGCGUCACCUCGCCGCUGCUGGGCGCGGGCCCCGAGGGGCGGUGGGAGCUGACAGCAGCGGGGCGGUGGGAGCUGACAGCAGCGGGGCUGUGGGAGGCGCUGUCGCACUCGCUGCUCUCCUCCAUGUCGCUGCGCCACGACCGCCGUGCCGCCCUGCUGCGCCUCAAGGCCGACCCGCGCCUCUUCUUCGUCGACCUCUCUGCUUGGGACAGCUGGCGCCACGCCACUGGCGGCACCGACGAGCUGCUGCUGCGCCUGCGGGCGGCGGGAGUGCCGACGCGGGUGGAGGUGAUGUGGGUGCCGGUGAGGGAGUGGGACCCGGCCUCGCUCUACGCGCUGCCGGCGCGUGUGGUGGGGCACGCGGCGCACUCGCUGUCGUCAGCAGGGCCGGUGCAGGUGGCGCUGCAGUGGUACGUGGGCACGGCGGGCGAGGCAGCGGAGGAGACGUUCUUCCGCUUCGUGUGGCCUGCCAUGCCACGGCCGCUCAAGGCGCUGCUGAAGCUGGACUACUCGGAGGGCGCAGCGGCGGGCGACGUGGUGGCACUGGAGCGCAUGGGGUGGCUGGCCGCCGCUGAGAGGCGCUUUGCCAAGCGCAGCAGCAUGGCGGGCAGGUGGGCGUGGUGGCUGGUGCUGCCCGCCAAGGCCGCUGUCGCGCUCUUCCCCCUGCGCUGGGCCGCCCUCCCCGCUGCUGCCCUGGCGCAGCGCCUGCUGGUGGGUGCGCCGGGGCCGGAGAGUGAGACGGCGUACAAGACGCGGCUGGGCAAGGAGCUGCUGCGGCGCGUGGGCAAGCAGGAGGAGGACGAGGAGAAGGCGAAGAAGGAGAAGAAGGUCAAGGACUCCAUCCGAGAGGCCUUCGACCGCAUGAAGCGAGUGCGGAGGCCGGCGGUGCGGCUGAGCGAUUUCGCGGGGAUGGAUGCGGUGAAGGAGGAGGUGCAGGAGGUGAUCACCUUCCUGCGCGACCCCUCCUCCUUCCAACGCCUCGGCGCCCGCCCGCCCCGGCCACGCCCUGUCUUGCUGCCUUGUGCCGUACACACCCUGCUUGCCUCGCUUCCUCUCACCUUUGUCUUCCCUCCUGCUGCUGCCACACAACCCCUCCUGUCCCGCCUCCCUCCUCCCACCUCCCCCACCAUACGUGCGUGGCAGGGCGUGCUGAUAACGGGGGGUUCGGGAGUGGGCAAGAGCAGUUUGGCGCUGGCGAUAGCGGCGGAGGCGAGGGUGCCGGUGGUGGACAUCAAGUCCGGCGAUGUGGACCCGGGGGGGUUCGUGGGGCAGGGCGCUGCCAACGUGCGCGAGCUCUUCAAGAUGGCCCGCGAGAUGGUGAGCUGGUCCGAUGGCGCCCAUGCUCAUUCUCAUCACACCCACUGCCACCACCACUGGCAGGCGCCCAUGCUGAUCCUGAUGGAGGACUUUGAGGAGAUAGGCGGGGUGCGGGGGGCGGCCAUGGACACGCGCCUGCAGGACAAGGAGGCCAUCAUCAACCAGCUGCUCGUUGAGCUCGACGGGUUUGAGACACAGGAGGGGGUGGUGCUGCUGGCAAUCACUGACAAUCCAGCUGCUGUGGACCCAGCGCUGCGGAGGCCGGGGCGAAUGGACCGAGUGAUAGAGGUGCCGCUGCCGACGGCGGGCGAGAGGGAGAAGAUUCUGCGCCGCGCCGCCGCCGCCUCCAUGGACCAGCGAUUUGUUGACGCCGUUGACUGGCGCUUCGUGGCGGAGCAGACGGGGGGCCUGAAGCCGACGGACCUGAGGGGCAUGCCGCGCCGCAUCCUGCUGGCCGCCGGCACCGACAAGUUCCGAGAUGAGGACGAACUGGCGGGCACUCUCAGCAUGCUGGAGGUGAGGCACUCUCAGCAUGCUGGAGGUACCGUGGAGGUCAAGCUGUACCACUGGGUGGUGCCGGCGCUGCUGCGGCGCGUGCCACUGCUGCAGCGGUGGGAGAGCGGAGUGGUGGAGCGGCUGGGGCUGGAGCUGACUCCGGGGGAUGUGCAGCGAGUGCUGCCCGACAUUGACUUCUCCUCGCUCACCGACCUCGGCAUGGACCUCACCCUCCCCGACACCGCCAAGGUGCCCCUCCAUCCUGCCCUCCCCUCCCUCCUCACUUGCCCUGCAUCGCCACCAAUGCCCCUCGCUCCUUUCGCAUCUUUCCACUCACCGUGCCGCUGCACCUGCUCCCCCACUUGUCACUGCACCUGCUCCCCCACUUGUCAUUGCGCCUGCAACCAAGCUUGGCACCUCCCAAUCUUGCCUCAAGUCGCACCUCCCCUUCAUUUCUCCACUUGUCACCCCACCCUUCCCCCCUCCCUCCUACUUGCUCUUCCAUGUCUUUCCAACACCCGCCCUCUGCCCUCACAGUGGGAUCGUGCUGAGAAGCUUCCGCAUGCGGUGUGGGCAGCAGGGAGGGGCGUGCUGGCGGCGCUGCUGCCGAGCUUUGACCGCGUCGACAACAUCUGGCUCAACCCCAACAGCUGGGAGGUGCGCACUGCCAUGCCAUGGGCGAGCAGCUGGGAGGUGUGCAUGGGGCAAGCAGGUGGGAAGUGUGCAUGGGGCGAGCAGGUGGGAAGUGUGCAUGGGGCGAGCAGGUGGGAAGUGUGCAUGGGGCAAGCAGGUGGGAAGUGUGCAUGGGGCAAGCAGGUGGGAAGUGUGCAUGGGGCAAGCAGGUGGGAAGUGUGCAUGGGGCAAGCAGGUGGGAAGUGUGCAUGGGGCGAGCAGGUGGGAAGUGUGCAUGGGGCGAGCAGGUGGGAAGUGUGCAUGGGGCAAGCAGGUGGGAAGUGUGCAUGGGGCAAGCAGGUGGGAAGUGUGCAUGGGGCAAGCAGGUGGGAAGUGUGCAUGGGGCAAGCAGGUGGGAAGUGUGCAUGGGGCAAGCAGGUGGGAAGUGUGCAUGGGGCAAGCAGGUGGGAAGUGUGCAUGGGGCGAGCAGGUGGGAAGUGUGCAUGGGGCAAGCAGGUGGGAAGUGUGCAUGGGGCGAGCAGGUGGGAAGUGUGCAUGGGGCAAGCAGGUGGGAAGUGUGCAUGGGGCAAGCAGGUGGGAAGUGUGCAUGGGGUAAGCAGGUGGGAAGUGUGCAUGGGGCAAGCAGGUGGGAAGUGUGCAUGGGGCAAGCAGGUGGGAAGUGUGCAUGGGGUAAGCAGGUGGGAAGUGUGCAUGGGGCAAGCAGGUGGGAAGUGUGCAUGGGGCAAGCAGGUGGGAAGUGUGCAUGGGGCGAGCAGGUGGGAAGUGUGCAUGGGGCAAGCAGGUGGGAAGUGUGCAUGGGGCAAGCAGGUGGGAAGUGUGCAUGGGGCAAGCAGGUGGGAAGUGUGCAUGGGGCAAGCAGGUGGGAAGUGUGCAUGGGGCAAGCAGGUGGGAAGUGUGCAUGGGGCAAGCAGGUGGGAAGUGUGCAUGGGGCAAGCAGGUGGGAAGUGUGCAUGGGGCAAGCAGGUGGGAAGUGUGCAUGGGGCAAGCAGGUGGGAAGUGUGCAUGGGGCAAGCAGGUGGGAAGUGUGCAUGGGGCAAGCAGGUGGGAAGUGUGCAUGGGGCAAGCAGGUGGGAAGUGUGCAUGGGGCAAGCAGGUGGGAAGUGUGCAUGGGGCAAGCAGGUGGGAAGUGUGCAUGGGGCAAGCAGGUGGGAAGUGUGCAUGGGGCAAGCAGGUGGGAAGUGUGCAUGGGGCAAGCAGGUGGGAGGUGUGCAUGGGGCAAGCAGGUGGGAAGUGUGCAUGGGGCAAGCAGGUGGGAAGUGUGCAUGGGGCAAGCAGGUGGGAGGUGUGCAUGGGGCAAGCAGGUGGGAAGUGUGCAUGGGGCAAGCAGGUGGGAAGUGUGCAUGGGGCAAGCAGGUGGGAAGUGUGCAUGGGGCAAGCAGGUGGGAAGUGUGCAUGGGGCAAGCAGGUGGGAAGUGUGCAUGGGGCAAGCAGGUGGGAAGUGUGCAUGGGGCAAGCAGGUGGGAAGUGUGCAUGGGGCAAGCAGGUGGGAGGUGUGCAUGGGGCAAGCAGGGCGUGGGGUUCACGCGCUUCACGCGUGCCGCCGAGGGCUCGCUGGGCGGGGCGGACGGCAGUGCGGAGGCGGGCGGCGGCGGCGUGGUGAGCCGAGCGUACACGGAGCAGAGCCUCGUGGCGCUCUUCGGGUCGCACAUCGCCGCCGCGCUGCUGCUGCCCUGGGGGCACUCCAACAACCUCGCCACCCCGCAGCUGCAGCAGGCCUACCAGGUGGCGGAGCGCAUGGUCAUGGAGUGGGGCUGGGGGCCCGACGACUCUCCCUUCAUCUUCCAAACCCACACCGCGGUCAGUACUACCACCCACCAUGCUGUUACUACCACCCACCAUGCUGUUACUACCACCCACCAUGCUGUUACUACCACCCACCAUGCUGUUACUACCACCCACCAUGCUGUUACUACCACCCACCAUGCUGUUACUACCACCCACCAUGCUGUUACUACCACCCACCAUGCUGUUACUACCACCCACCAUGCUGUUACUACCACCCAACAUGCUGUGAGUGCCACCCACCGUUCUGUUUCCGCUGCUCUGCUGAGAAAAUUCUCCAUGCGCUCUCCACUGCGUUCCCCCUUCCCCGAAUCUCCAUUCCUUCUCUGCGGUGUGGUGCUGCCCUGCCACCCCGGUCUGCACGAUGCGGCGUUUGAGCGCGCGCACGCGCUGCUGGCUGGCAACCGGCGCACGCUGCAGGCCGUGGUGGACGCCCUCUGCACGCACGACGCCGUCGACCGCCAGGUUGCUAUGGGCUGGAGAGCGUUGACAUGGGAGAUAGCUGAGAAGAUGCCCUCUGCAGAUGCCAUGUGGGUCGUGCAGUGGCACGCAUGGGGGCUCCACUUGAAGGCAAGUGGAAUGGCCACAUGCUGGCCAGUCGAUGUGGCUGGGACAGGAACUUCCGACCCACCUUUGCUCACUCAGGAAGGACUCUCAUUCUAG